CUGAUAACAGAGUUCUCCAACUCAGAAAGGCAACAACUUUUUUGUCAUCCUCUACGCUACACUCGAUUUUUUUUUUCUCUCUGCUGAAGAACACCACGGUUUCUCGCUUUACUAUGCAUGAAUCGAAAUGAUUUCGUGAUUUUCCGAGUUUGAAUUAAUAGCGAUGGAAAGCGCGCGAAGCAGCGGCAAGAUGAAGGCUUCGAAGGUGAAGGCUUCAAACGAAAACCUUUCGCCGCUGCAGAAGGAUAUGGACGAUCAGAGAGGACGCUACCUCCAAUCUUUGACGAUGAGCCCAAGGCUCCAAGUCCAACCGUUCGCCGAGAACAUCGAUGUCGGCUCGCCGCUUGCGCGAUACUUAUUCGCCGGAUCUCCCUCCGGCAAGUCCGUGACUCGAGGCGAUGCCUUCACUUCUCCGACGUACGGCUCCGGCAAGUACAAGUCCUCAAAAAGUUCGGGGAGUAGCAGUUACGGUCCACGCAGUAGGUUGUCGCUCUCGCCGCUUUCUUCAGUGGAGAACCUGGAGAUCGCUCCGAUGUAUAGAACGCCUGUGAAGGUGGACGAGGAAGUUCUUGUGAUGGAUGAUAUCCUCGUUAGGUCAACGUCGGGAGGUAAAAGCGGAAGAUCUUCAUCUUCCUCUGGGCGCGGUUCUUCUUCCUCAUCGUCAUCUUCACCGUCGCCGUGGGUGAAGAACGCAUUCAAAACGGAGGGUUACCAAGCAUGGGAUGAAUCAGGAAACUGCCGCAGUAACGCCAAAAGCCAGUCUGGAUAUGAAAAAGAAGAGGUUCAUCAAACUCGUCUCUCCAUGAAGGCCAAACUCGAGGCACAGGCUGGCAAGUCUUCUUUGAGUGCAGGAUCAGACGCAUAUGGCUCAAAUAGCCGGACUGUUCAACAUCACAAUGCAGCAGCUGAAUGUUUAGGCACAACAUCCCAACCAGCUUCACCAGUCAAACCUGAGCCUCCCCGAACCCUUGCCCAUGCCUACCCGAACACUUUGAGUGACUGGUCACCUCUGGAUGAUGGCAUGAUUGUUUUCCUUGGUUCUGAUAUAGCUGCAUCAAAGGAAGAAGUUGAUUCAUAUAUUUCUAGUGUUCUCUAUGGCCAUGCUGCUAAACGGAGACUGCCGGUGUUUGUGGAACUUUGCAAAAAGGGAAUUAAUUGAUAAAACGCCUCCUCUCCGAUUAAAGAUACUUCUGCACCGCCUCCUUAGAUACACAACUUUACUACCAUACUUUUCUACUUCUUUUGACAAUUUUCCCCCUUUUUCCCAGUUCUAAACCAAUACAAUUUUUGGUCGGCUGCAUUGAUUUGUUAAACUGUGGUGACUGUUAAUGAUCCCCUGAUAGGAUUGAUCGCAUGGUCUGGUUUAAUUGAGUGAGUACUUCUUCCCUUGUUUCCUUGACAGAAUUAAUAAUUCUCCCAUCUUAUUGUAAGUAGACCAAAAUUAAGGGAAGUUUCAAUUGCGACUCCUAGUAUAGCAUUAUAUGAUUCU